UGUUUUUAUUCGUGAUGAUUCAUGUCAAAUGAAUGUAAUGGAAAUGCAUAAUGAUUUAAAUAGUCCAUAUAUCUUGUGGUUAAAAGCUCCAAAAGACAUGGAUCCUGAUCUUAUAAAUGAGGACAAGGUAUGGAUUCCAUUACUUCCUGGUUAUUCUAUUUUAACAAAAAAGGGAAAAUAUAUACGUUUGUCUAUUGGCCUAAAAGAUAACAAAGAAUUGCAAUAUAUAUAUGAAAAUUUUGAGAAUGAUUUCACAUUUGCCAAUUCAAAGGAAAUAAGGCAUUAUGACCAUACGUUUAGAAAUUUCAAGGAUGAAUUGAAAGUUUCAGAAAAAAUAUCUGUAACAUCUUUGAUUGGUUUUGAUAAUGUUGAAAAUAUUAAAUACUUAUGUAAUAAAGUACUUGAGAAAUAUCCAUUCUUGUCAAAUUCACCAGCUCCAAUUGAUCCAGAUGAAGAAGAUAAUGAAGAUAAUGCAGAUGGAAGGUGA